AACCAUCACAGCCCCUCUCACUGUUCAAAGAACAGAGCUGAGUUUUUAGACUUCUCGUCAUAGCGUUGAAUUAAUUAAAGGGUGGGGAAAAAUGAAGAUUGUGAGUUUAUUCUGCGUUUUCAUGCUUAUUUGUUCAAUGUGGCCGAUGGGCGAAGCUAGAAUUCCAGGAGUUUACCCCGGUGGUGCAUGGCAAAAUGCCCAUGCUACCUUCUACGGCGGUUCUGAUGCUUCUGGUACAAUGGGAGGAGCUUGUGGGUAUGGGAACUUGUACAGCCAGGGGUAUGGGGUUAGCACGGCGGCAUUGAGCACCGCAUUGUUCAACAAUGGUUUGAGCUGCGGUGCUUGCUUCGAGAUCAAAUGUGCUAGUGAUCCCAAGUGGUGCCAUUCAGGGAGUCCUUCCAUCUUCAUCACCGCCACCAAUUUUUGCCCCCCUAACUAUGCCCUCCCGAGCGAUAAUGGCGGGUGGUGCAACCCUCCUCGCCCUCACUUUGACCUCGCCAUGCCCAUGUUCCUCAAGAUUGCUGAGUACCGUGCUGGCAUUGUCCCCGUUUCUUACCGCCGAGUGCCAUGCCGGAAGAGGGGAGGGAUACGGUUCACUAUCAACGGAUUCCGUUACUUCAACCUGGUUCUGAUCUCCAACGUGGCGGGAGCAGGGGACACCGUGAAGGUGAGCGUGAAAGGAUCUAGAAUGGGAUGGAUGAGCAUGAGCCGGAACUGGGGUCAGAACUGGCAGUCAAACGCGGUGCUAGUGGGACAGACGCUGUCGUUCAGGGUGACGGGCAGUGACAGGCGCACUUCCACCUCUUGGAACAUCGUUCCCGCCCAUUGGCAGUUCGGUCAAACUUUCACUGGCAAGAAUUUCAGGGUUUGAACGCAACACACUUUGCAAACCCCAAAUGGAUAAACCCUAAAGACAAU